UUCCCCAGUGGUCACCUUUGAAAAGGGAAAAAUGUGUGAAAAUAGGCAAAGCUGAAUAUAAACCACUUAAUUCAGCCUCCGCUCCUGUGAGGGCGUGGGGGAAAGCCAGUGGAAGAGGGGCUAGAGAGGAGGAAGAGGCGGGAGGUGCGGCGGGCCACAGGUGACGCUCCUCCCGCCUCCCAAGCAGAGCUCCAGGCGCACAGCCGCAGUCAGCCACCUCGCGUGCGCCUCCAGGAGCGAGGAUGGAGAGGCUGGUGAUCAGGAUGCCCUUCUGUCAUCUGUCUACCUACAGCCUGGUUUGGGGCAUGGCAGCAGUGGUGCUGUGCGCAGCACAAGUGCAAGUGGUGACCCAGGAUGAAAGAGAGCAGCUGUACACUCCUGCUUCCUUAAGAUGCUCUCUGCAAAAUGCCCAGGAAGUCCUGAUUGUGACAUGGCAGAAAAAGAAAGCUGUAAGCCCAGAAAACAUGGUCACCUUCAGCGAGAACCAUGGGGUGGUGAUCCAGCCUGCCUAUAAGGACAAGAUAAACAUUACCCAGCUGGGACUCCAAAACUCAACCAUCACCUUCUGGAAUAUCACCCUGGAGGAUGAAGGGUGUUACAUGUGUCUCUUCAAUACCUUUGGUUCUGGGAAGAUCUCAGGAACAGCCUGCCUCACGGUCUAUGUACAGCCCAUAGUAUCCCUUCACUACAAAUACUCUGAAGACCACCUAAACAUCACUUGCUCUGCCACUGCCCGCCCAGCCCCCGUGAUCUUCUGGAAGGUCCCUCGGUCAGGGUUUGAAAAUAGUACAGUGACCCAGUCUCACCCAAAUGGGACCACGUCUGUUACCAGCAUCCUCCAGGUCAAAGACCCUAAGAAUCAGGUGGGGAAGGAGGUGAUCUGCCAGGUGCUGCACCUGGGGACUGUGACUGACUUUAAGCAAACCUUCAACAAAGGCUAUUGGUUUUCAGUUCCACUAUUGUUAAGCAUUGUUUCCCUGGUAAUUCUCCUGGUCCUAAUCUCAAUCUUACUGUACUGGAAACGUCACCGGAAUCAGGACCGAGCAUCUUGUAUAUACCAGGGGCUGAAUAAAUGUUAAUUUACUGAAUGAACUGACUGACGACAGAGAGAAUAUUUAAGAGCCCUAAAUGAGUCACACAGCACCCUGAAAGUGAUUCCCUGGUCUACUUGAAUUUGACACGAGAGAAAAGCAGGAGGAAAAGGGGCCAUUCUCCAAAGGACCUGAAAGAGCAAAAGAGGUGGGAGCGAAAGCCUUAAGGAUCCCACGACUUUUUACUGCCAUCUGAGCUACUCAGUGUUUGAAUCCCAAGAGGAAGUCAUUUUACCUCUCAGGUCUGUUGUAGGACUUGAUUUUGUAAAGCAAUGCCAUGUUAUGUGGUUGAAAGAGCACUGGACUUAGUAUCAGGAGCACUGAGCUCACAGACUGACUUGGACUCCUACUGGUGGGGACCUCUGUUAGUCACUUUACCUCAUCCAAAGUAUAAAGGAAUUGGACCAAAUAAUUUACCACAUAGCUCUAAAACUUAAUUUAAAAUGUAAUUCCAGAAAAAAAAAAAAAAAAAAAGGGAAUAAGCAAAGGGGAAAGAAGUGAAAGAGA